AUGGUGCUCGGUUUUGGAAAGAAGAAGAGCAAGGUGCUCAAGGCAUCGUCAUCUGCCGCUGCAGGCCCCUCGACGCCUGUCAGCAACCCUCUGCCGGAGCGGGGCUCGUCACGACCCGUCAAUGGAGGGGCGCAAGACCCUCAGGAGGAUGCAUCUAUCCCUCCAACCAGAUUCAAGUACGGCGCCGAGAUCUCCAAGGCCGUCGUGGACAUUGCAGGACUGCCGGUCAACGUGUUCGGCCUGGAUGAGCUCACACCAGCGCCGGCUCGCGCGAGCGCACCACCUCCGCCUCCCGUAUGCGUCGUCAUCCACAUGCACGGACGCGGCGGCUCGGCUGACACCGAGGAAAAGAUCGCCCGGCAGCUCUACGACCGCAUCUCACGAGACAAGGCCGCCUAUCGAUCACAAGAGAACGCCGGCUUAGUGGCUACAUCUUCUGUUCAGCGCGACCACCUGGUCGUCACAUUCGACGCGCGCAACCACGGCCAGCGGACCACCAACCCGACAGGUCAAAAGGCGUGGAAGCAAGGCAACACGCGCCACGCCAUGGAUCUAUACGGCAUGAUCGUCGGCGACGCACGCGAUGCGUCCUUCAUCGUCGAUUUCCUAGCUUCGUACAUCUUUCCUCAGGACGACAGGACCGUCGUCGAGUGGGUCAUCACAGGCAAGUCGCUGGGUGGACACGCAACAUGGCACGUUCUUGCGGACGAUGCGCGCAUCAAGAUCGGUGUACCGUUCAUCGGCAUGCCCGACUAUUCGCGUCUGCUCGCUUCGCGCACAAGAACGUCGUUCGUCACAAACGGUCCGCCCUACGUACCAGCAAGCCUCAAAGCACUGGUCGAGAAGAUCGACCCUGCUCGCACCGCCUAUGACAGCUUCGAUCCGCGGCGCAACCCGUUCUGGGGAAAGAAAAUCUGCGUGCUGAGCGGCGCCAACGACAAGCUGGUGCAUUGGGACUGGAACGAGGAUUUCCUGAAAGCACUUGUCGUAGGCGAGCCGACGGGGUCGAGAGGUGAGAUGCCAGGGCUCAAGAUUCAUAGACGACCGGGGGUAGGCCACGAAGUGACGGAAGAGAUGGUGGAAGAAGCAGGCGAAUGGAUCUGGAGUCGGCUUAGCGCGCACGCCGGUCUGGAUCCCCACAACGCACGACCUCGAAAUACUGCAUCCGCUCUGCCGUACCUGCUGUCGAUCAGCAUCGGAACCACCACCAUCAUCUCACUUAAUCGCCUCCGACUCGCUUUCGGAAUCGUCAUCUUUUGCAUUCUCAUUCUGCAUUUCAAUCCGAUCCAUCACACUAGACAGCUCUACAUCAUGGGAAAGCAGGUCGACUUGAACGAGCUCAAGAACCACAAGUCCGAGGACUCGGCCUGGGUUGUCGUAGAGGGCAAGGUGUACGACGUCACUGGAUUCCUCGACGAUCACCCGGGAGGAAAGAAGAUCCUGCUCAAGAACUGUGGAAAGGACGCUACCGAGGCCUUCUGGACCUACCACGGCGAGAAGAUCCUCGAGAAGGUCGCGAAAGAGUACGAGAUCGGCGAGUUCAAGGACUCUGCCAAGCUUUAA